AUGACACUCAUCGAGGAAUCACUCCCUGGCAUCCAAGAGACGCUGGACAAGUGCGAGUGGAAAGAUAUCUACAACAUGGAUGAAGCCGGGCUGUUCUACCGGCUGCAGGUUUAUUUUGAUGGUUCGCUGGCAACCAAGCAGCUGGAAGGCCGCAAACAAAACAAAGAGUGUAUCACCUUGACAGUGUGCUGCAAUGGCAUUGAAAGUGACAAGCUGCCGCUCCUCGUCAUAGGAAAGUCGAAAAGUUCGCUUUGUAUAAAAACACCAACCUUGACACCAUCGGCUGCAAUACCGAAACAACAGUUAAGCAUGGAUGACACAAGCCAUCUUCACCGAGUGGAUGAAACCAUUUAA